CCAACGGGAACGGCGCUGCCUAGUGGCCACGAAGAGUUUGUAGGAGCAGUUCCGGUGUGUACGCUGCUUUCCCUAACCGAGGCUGCUCGCUGCUGUUUUAUCUUCGCUGGAGUUUUAGGCGACAAGUAAACAUGUCCGGUCGUGGAAAGCAGGGCGGCAAAGUGCGGGCAAAGGCCAAGUCCCGCUCCUCCCGCGCGGGCCUGCAGUUCCCGGUGGGCCGAGUGCACCGGCUGCUGCGGAAAGGCAACUACGCGGAGCGCGUGGGCGCGGGCGCGCCGGUGUACCUGGCGGCGGUGCUGGAGUACCUGACGGCCGAGAUCCUGGAGCUGGCGGGCAACGCGGCGCGCGACAACAAGAAGACGCGCAUCAUCCCGCGCCACCUGCAGCUGGCCAUCCGCAACGACGAGGAGCUCAACAAGCUGCUGGGCAAAGUCACCAUCGCCCAGGGCGGCGUCCUCCCCAACAUCCAGGCCGUGCUGCUGCCCAAGAAGACGGAGAGUCAGAAGGUGAAGAGCAAGUGACCCUGACGCCGCCGCAGGGCCGGCUCCCCGGAGCGCAGGCCCUUUCCGCGCCGCCCCGCACGCCCUGUGCCGGGUGUCCGGAGCGGCCCGUGCGAUCUAGGGGGAGCUGGGCGGUGCGGACCCCGCCGGAGUCCGGAGCCAAUAAAGUCGGUGAAAAUCCUGUA